AUGGCUUCUUUGCAGUCGGCGCCUACCAUGGCGCCUGGCAAUUACGCCUUGCCGGCGAACCUGACCCAACAACACGUCCAGGAGGUUCUGCAGAAAUUCAAGCAGAUGCAGGAGCAGGGCGUCAACCCUAACGACCCUGAAUACAUCAAGGCUCAUCAGCUUCUCGCCACUAUCCAGCGCCAGCAAAUGAUGAAACAGAAGCAGCGCCAGCAGCAGGCUCAACAAGCUCAGCAGCUGGUCGCUCACCCCGUGAAUGUGAACCAGAACGGUGCGGUCCCUGAUGCCGCCACCAAUGGUGUACACGCCCGGACCGUUUCGACUUCAUCGAUGACCGGAGCUAUCCCCGACACACAAUCUGGCGCUUCGCAGGCAAACGCCAACCGGAAAGGUGCCACCGUUGGUAGCGGAAGCUUCUCACAAGAGCAACUCGCUACCCUUCGCAACCAAAUAAUGGCAUUCAAGACGCUCUCCAAAAAUCAGGCUAUCGCACCGGCUCUUUACCAGCAGCUCUUCCCACCCAAGAAACCACAGACACCCACUACCGCGGACAAGAUCGCAGCGGUUGAAAAGGUCGUGGAUGGGUCUGACAAGAAUGCCGCUGGAUCAAUCACCGACGUCGACGGAGUUAUUUCCGAGAAGGACUCGUAUACCAAAUAUCAAAUCGACGACACUAUCCUUCACAAGCUCAUCAACUUUGGAGACCACAAACACCGCAUCAAUCGUCCUCGUAUUCCUGCUUUCGAGUGCAGUGGUAUUGAUUGGCGCCAGCUCCGCGAGAAUCGCGAGGCUCUUGUUUACAACCGCAUGACAGCUCGCAUGAAGGAGCUCGAGAAACUUUCGGCAAACAUCGGUGUCUGGGACACCAGCAAGAGCGACGCGCCCACAGGCGAUGACUCGUUGAAGCUGAAGGCUCUCAUCGAGCUCAAGUCAUUGGGUCUGCGGGCGAAGCAGCAGGCUCUGCGUGAGAAGAUUCGUCGUACUGGAUUUGAUGCCAGUGAGACGAACCAAACAAAUCGUGCCGUUCAUCGUCGUAUGAAGCGUCCUUCGCUGCGUGAGGCCCGCAUUACCGAGAAGCUCGAGAAGCAACAGCGUGAUGCUCGUGAGACUCGUGAGAAGAAGAAGCAAUACGAUCAGCUUCAGGCAAUCCUCAACCACGGUGUCGAGCUUCUCCAAGCCUCGGUGAACAAUCGCAAUCGACUCAAUAAGCUUGGUCGUAUGAUGAUUCAGCAUCACCAGCACAUGGAACGUGAGGAACAGAAGCGCGUGGAACGUACCGCCAAACAACGUCUGCAAGCCCUGAAGGCCAACGAUGAGGAGACUUACCUGAAGCUCCUGGGACAGGCCAAGGAUUCACGUAUUUCGCACUUGCUUGGACAGACAGAUAAGUUCUUGAAGGAACUUGCCAACUCCGUCAGACAGCAACAGCGCAACCAAGCUGAGCGCUACGGCGAUAAUGAAGACUUCGAGGACGAAGACGAAGAAAUCGCCGACAGUGAUGUCGAAGAGGAUGAUGGCUCUUCUGGAAAGAAGAAGGUCGACUACUAUGCGGUUGCUCAUCGCAUCCAAGAGACGGUCACUGAGCAGCCAUCUAUCCUCGUUGGUGGUACUCUCAAGGAGUACCAAAUUAAGGGUCUACAGUGGAUGAUUUCGCUCUACAACAACAACCUGAACGGUAUUCUUGCAGAUGAAAUGGGUCUUGGAAAGACAAUUCAGACCAUCAGUUUGAUCACCUACAUCAUUGAGAAGAAGCGGAGCAACGGACCUUUCCUGGUUAUUGUACCUCUCAGUACGCUGACUAACUGGAAUCUGGAGUUUGAGAAAUGGGCGCCUACAGUCACGAAGGUCGUCUACAAGGGUCCUCCCAAUGCUCGCAAGCAGCAGCAACAGCAAAUUCGCUGGGGCAACUUCCAGGUCCUCCUGACCACUUACGAGUACAUCAUCAAGGAUCGUCCCAUUCUCUCCAAGAUCAAGUGGGCCCACAUGAUCGUCGAUGAGGGUCAUCGUAUGAAGAAUGCCAGCUCCAAGUUGAGCAGCACUUUGUCGACCUACUACCACACCCGCUACCGCUUGAUUUUGACCGGUACCCCGCUGCAAAACAACCUGCCUGAACUGUGGGCACUGCUCAACUUCGUCCUGCCCAACAUCUUCAAGUCCGUCAAAUCGUUUGACGAAUGGUUUAAUACCCCAUUCGCCAAUACCGGCGGCCAAGACCGUAUGGACCUGACCGAAGAAGAGCAGCUGCUCGUUAUCCGUCGUCUGCAUAAGGUUCUUCGUCCCUUCCUGCUUCGCCGUCUGAAGAAGGAUGUCGAGAAGGAUCUUCCUGACAAGCAAGAGCGCGUCAUCAAGUGCCGCUUCUCUGCCCUGCAGACUCGGCUGUACAAGCAGCUGGUCACCCACAACAGAAUGGCUGUUAGUGACGGCAAGGGUGGCAAGACCAAUGUGCGUGGCCUCAGCAACAUGCUCAUGCAGUUGCGAAAGCUUUGCAACCAUCCGUUCGUUUUCGAGCCCGUUGAGGAUCAAAUGAACCCCAGCCGCAUGACCAACGAUCUCCUUUGGCGAACGGCCGGAAAGUUCGAGUUGCUUGACCGUGUUCUGCCCAAGUUCCGUGCUACCGGCCAUCGAGUCUUGAUGUUCUUCCAGAUGACUCAGAUCAUGAACAUCAUGGAAGAUUUCCUUCGCAUGCGAGGCCUCAAGUACCUCCGUCUGGACGGUUCCACCAAGUCAGAUGAUCGUUCCGACCUCCUCAAGGUUUUCAAUGAACCCGGCUCUGAUUACUUCUGCUUCCUGCUUUCCACCCGUGCCGGUGGUCUGGGUCUGAACUUGCAGACUGCCGAUACCGUCAUCAUUUACGAUUCAGAUUGGAAUCCCCAUCAGGAUUUGCAAGCCCAGGAUCGUGCCCAUCGUAUCGGACAGAAGAAUGAGGUUCGCAUUUUGCGACUGAUCAGUUCCAACUCCGUCGAGGAGAAGAUUUUGGAACGUGCGCAGUUCAAGCUUGACAUGGACGGCAAGGUCAUCCAGGCCGGAAAGUUCGAUAACAAGUCUACCAACGAAGAGCGAGACAAAUUCCUUCGAACUCUUUUGGAGUCUACGGAAGAUACAGAACAGCUCGGUGACCAAGAAGAGAUGGAAGAUGAUGACCUGAACGAAAUAAUGGCUCGUUCAGAGGAGGAGCUUGUCAUCUUCCAGCAAAUGGACAGGGACCGUGAGAAGAAUGAUGAAUAUGGUCCUGGCCGUCGUUAUCCUCGUUUGAUGUGCGAUGAGGAACUGCCCGAUAUCUACCUACAAGAAGACGCUCCGAUUAGCGAAGAGCCUGUGACUGAGGUUUAUGGUCGUGGCGCUCGUGAACGCAAGGUUAAGCGGUAUGAUGAUGACAUUCCGCUUGAGGAGUGGACCAAACUCGUGGCCGAAUGCGAGGAGACUGGCGCCUCAAUCGAUGACGUGGUUGAGCAGUACUUGCAGGAACGAGAAGAUCGCAAGGUCCGCAAGGAGAAGAGGAAGCUCAAGGCACAGGGUGUGGUUGAAUCCUCGCCCGAGCCUAUUGAGAACGACGAGACUCCUCCACGGAAGCGCCGCCGUGGUCCUGCUCCCACUAAACGCAAGGCCGAAGAAGUCGCCGAGGAGACGCCACAGCCCAAGCGCAAGAGAGGUCGCCAGCCAAAGAUUCCGGACACUCUUAGCAGCUCCGACCGGUCCAUCUUGACCAACAUCGUCAACAGUGUCAUGCAGUCUUUGAAGGACAUGACCGAGGAGGUGGAGCUUGACGACUCUGAUGGUGAGGAAGGAGGCACGGUUCUGCGCUCGAUCAUUGAACCGUUCAUGAAGCCUCCUCCCCGCUCGCAGUAUCCCGACUACUACAAAAUCAUCCAGAAUCCCAUUGCCGUGGAGAUGAUUGAGAGGAAAAUCAAGCGUGAUGACUACCAGGGCUUGAAGGAGUUCCGGGAUGACAUUCACCUUCUUUGCCAGAAUGCUCGGACAUUCAACGAGGAUGGAAGCUUGCUGUUCCAGGAUGCCAAUGACAUUGAGGCUAAAUGCGUGAGCGAACUGAAGAAGUUGACCGCAGAUCAUCCUCAAUUUGCCAACUUCGAUGGCUCCGACUCCGUUGCUGGCGAUGGCCAGUCAGUAGGUGUCGCCUCUGGCACCGCAACCCCUCAAACGACCGGCACCCCUGGACAGCCCAAGUUGAAGCUGACAUUCAACAACCCCAAUGCCGAGAGUGCCACCAGCGCCGCCACGAGCACCGUGAACGGCGCAGAUGCUGACGAAGACUGA